CUAUGGUGUCCCGAGCGAACAGAGGUCUCCCAUCCCAUCCUAAGCAUUGCUGGAUCCGGUGUGACAUCACCAGCCCCCUCGGUGCUGCCACUGCUGGAAGGUCUGAGCUCUGUGCUGGGGGCACCAGGCACUGACACUUGGCUCUUGUUGGGAGAACACAGAGAGUCUCUCUUGUCUGCCUGCGGCCUGUGCACAGCUCCAACUGCUGCAUCUCCCGGAGGCCUCUGCCCAGGCUACAUAGGGUGGGAGCUGCCAAGGCUGUAUCCGAAGUUGAAGGUGGUUAAGAGGGCAGGCCUGCCUGGAGGCCAAGGUCUUUCCUGUACCCCCAGAGCCUACCUCAUCACAGCUACAGAAUGGCCUCCAGCCCAGUUGGAGUCCCUAGCCCACAGCCCUCUAGGGCCAAUGGAAACAUCAACCUGGGGCCAUCAGCUAACCCAAAUGCUCGACCCACAGACUUCGACUUCCUCAAAGUCAUUGGCAAAGGGAACUAUGGGAAGGUCCUACUGGCCAAGCGCAAGUCCGACGGAGCCUUCUAUGCAGUGAAGGUGCUGCAGAAAAAGUCCAUCGUAAAGAGAGAAGAGAAGAACCACAUCAUGGCAGAGCGCAAUGUCCUGCUGAAGAAUGUGCGGCACCCCUUCCUCGUGGGCCUGCGCUACUCCUUCCAGACCCCGGAGAAGCUCUACUUUGUGCUUGACUACGUCAACGGAGGGGAGCUCUUCUUCCACCUGCAGCGGGAACGUAGGUUCCUGGAGCCCCGGGCCAGGUUCUAUGCUGCAGAAGUGGCCAGUGCCAUUGGCUACCUACACUCUCUCAACAUCAUUUACAGAGACUUGAAGCCAGAAAACAUUCUCUUGGACUGCCAGGGACAUGUGGUACUGACAGAUUUUGGCCUUUGCAAGGAAUGUGUAGAGCCCGAGGAGACCACAUCCACCUUCUGCGGCACCCCAGAGUACCUGGCCCCGGAAGUGCUUCGUAAAGAGCCUUAUGAUAGAGCGGUGGACUGGUGGUGCUUAGGGGCAGUCCUCUAUGAGAUGCUGCAUGGCCUGCCCCCCUUCUUCAACACAGAUGUGGCCCAGAUGUAUGAGAAUAUUUUGCACCAGCCACUACAGAUCCCUGGAGGCCGGACAGUGGCUGCCUGUGACAUUCUUCAAGGCCUUCUCCACAAGGACCAGAGGCAGCGGCUGGGCUCCAAGGCAGACUUUCUUGACAUAAGGGACCAUGUGUUCUUCAGUCCCAUAGACUGGGAUGACCUGUACCACAAGAGGCUAACUCCACCCUUCAACCCAAACGUGGAAGGACCUGCUGACUUGAAACACUUUGACCCAGAGUUCACCCAGGAAGCAGUAUCCAAGUCCAUUGGCUGUAACCCUGACACCAUGGCCAGCAGUUCUGGGGCCUCAAGUGCAUUCCUCGGAUUUUCCUAUGCACAGGAUGAUGAUGACAUCUUGGACUCAUAAGAGACAAGCACUUGUGAAGCCACCAAGACCAGCUGGCAACUGCCAGAACUACCUUCUAUUGCCAGCAAGACACAAUGAGUUUGAUGACUCAAAGAAGAGGGAGGUGCUUUCCAUUACUUAAAUCAGUGCAGGGCUCAGGCUGGCAGGAUAAGUCACCACGUACCCAGGUGUCUGUAGUUUUGAUUUGCCCUUCUUGAGAAAG